AUGAACUUUCAGAGGCCAACACUUCCGUGCUUGGCGCUCCGCCUUCCGCGCUCGGUGGGAAAUUAUCUGGAAGCGGAAAAUCUGGAGGUGAUGGCCACGAGGAUCGAGCAGAAGUCUCGCAAAGUCGAGACCUUGCUCAAACAAUUUAAGCAUGUCGAAGCUUUGAAGACAACGCUUAAGGGAUCGUUGACGAGCAUCAAGGAAGAGAGGUGUAAGUCGGCGAAUUGGAUCGUGGUGCAUCGGGCGAUGAUGGCGAUAAAGGAUGUGGAUGGGAUGUUCUCGACCUUGGAUCCGGAGUACUAUGACAUUCUCAUGAAGUAA